AUGAGCCCAAUUCAGCUUCCCAUCGACGCCAUCACCUCGCGCUUCGGUGACCGUUUCAACAGCCUGCGUUCUCAGUCCUUGGGAACACGGUUUGCCAACCUUCGCCCGAUUUCCGAAUUCCUCGACGUCAAGCGCGUUUCGAAACCCGCGAAUUUUGGCGAAGCUCAGAGUCGGGUUAACUACAACCUGUCGUACUUUUCAAGCAACUAUGCCGCCGUUUUCGUGAUGCUCAGUAUCUACAGCCUGCUAACCAACCCGAUACUGCUAUUUGUCAUUUUUCUGGUUAGUGGCGGUCUUUGGGGUAUUGGGAAGCUCGAAGGUCGCGAUCUUGACCUCGGGUUUGCCCGGUUCAACACGUCUCAGCUUUACACCGGGUUGCUACUUGUUGCGGUGCCCCUGGGUUUCUGGGCUUCCCCAUUUUCUACAUUUCUCUGGCUCAUUGGAGCCACUGGCGUGACAGUGUUCGGCCAUGCCGCAUUCAUGGAUAAACCCAUUGAGAAUGCUUUUUCCGAGGAGGCGGUCUAG